AUGUCCGACUACGACAAGUAUGCCGAACAAUUGCGACAUCCUGAUAAUCCUAUCGUAUUUAUGGAAAUGACGGCCGGAGGUGCACCGCUUGGCACAAUAGUGAUGGAACUCUUCGCUGAUGUUACCCCUAGGACCGCCGAAAAUUUCCGCCAAUUUUGCACUGGAGAAUUCCGGAAAGAUGGAGUUCCUGUGGGGUACAAAAACAGCCAAUUCCACCGAGUUAUUAAAGAUUUCAUGAUACAGGGAGGAGACUUUGUAAACGGUGACGGCACUGGUAUGAUGAGUAUAUACGGAGCGAAGUUUAGGGACGAGAAUUUCACGCUUGAGCACAGUGGUCCAGGAAUCCUCUCUAUGGCUAACGCAGGAACUGACACCAAUGGCUGCCAAUUCUUCAUUACUUGUGCGAAGACAGAUUUCUUGGAUAAGAAACAUGUUGUAUUUGGGCGAGUUCUCGAUGGAUUGUUGACUGUCCGCAAAAUCGAAAAUGUUCAAACGGGUGCUAACAACAAGCCGAAAAUUCCAAUCCUGGUAGUCUUACUUGGUGAAGGCGCUGUUGGGAAGUCUUCUUUGCUGAUGCGUUAUGUCGAGAACAAAUUCAGUCCGAGGCAUAUUUCUACCAUUCAGGCUAGUUUCCAAUCAAAGCAGCUCGAGGUCGACGGGUGCCAUGUUACACUGAAUAUUUGGGAUACGGCUGGUCAGGAGAAAUAUCAUGCUUUGGGACCGAUUUAUUAUCGAGGCAGUCAAGGAGCACUCCUUAUUUAUGAUAUCACCGAUCAACGUUCAUUUGAAAGGGCACAAGUGUGGCUCAAGGAGCUGCAAAGAGCUUUAGGAGAUUCUGUAGUUUUGAUGAUUGUCGGGAACAAGUUCGAUCUUGCCAGGAACAGAACUGUCACUCUGGAGGAGGCGCAGGAGUAA